UGAAGAAACCGUGAAGUCGUGAAAAAAGAAAGAGAAGAAAUCUCGAUUCAGAUCAGAUGUCUAAAAAACUAAUAAAUAAGCGGGACGUCUACUUCAAUUGCCUCGAAUACUUAAAACUGUAUAUAGUUGACUUGGAGGCAGUACAAAAUGAGGUUUUCGACGUACUUAAAAAGGAGUUCAAGCCUGAAACAGUUUGUGAAGCUACAGCAAGUGCAAAGUACCUAUCAGCUAUAGAAAAAUUCGUCUCCCAGCAGAAUAAGACAAUUUCUUAUAACAACGUAUUGAAAUGUUAUUAUGUAUGGAAAGAUAAACUUCAUCCCGUAGUUGGGGAUGGUCUGCGAAAGAAUUCCUAUGCGGAAUUGCCCGUCAGACUUGCUGCUUGCUUUUUUCUAAAUGGAGAUUAUUACAAAGCUUUAUUAUGUCUUCGUCAUUCCAUAAAUUUGGAACCGAAAAGUCUCAUUCCUCGAAUACUAGCUCUUCGCUGGUCUGCCUUCCUUGGUGAAUGGGAAAUGGCUGAAAUGGCUUUAGCAUUUGAAAAAGCGAAACCUCCAAAGAAAAAUGGAGUGGACGAUCAUUUAGUCGACCAAUUGAUAUUCACCACGGAAAUUACUAAAGCCUACGUCGAUUUCAAUCGCGAUCAAAGAUCAAGGCCUGCUUCUUCCAAGACUAUAUUGACUAUGACAGAAAAGGUCAAUUCUGAUGAGCGCCCCACAUUUCCAGUGUUUGAGACGCAAGCGUUUGCUAACUGGAUAGCUUCACAUGUGCCAAAAGUUGCCGCUUUCAAAUUAGACGGUGUCGAGCUUCUGGACACCCUAUACUGUCUCCAGAAAGCAGUGUUCAAAGCAGAAAGUGUCAUGAAGAACAGAAUACCAGCAAUUCAAAAAGAGCAGUUGCCACUAGAACUUUCAAAAAUUGUAUCGGAUCCUUUGGACUUUCUGAAAGCUUGCUCAUCAUUUGCUGAGUGCUGCGACAUGAGACGGGAGUAUGCAAUUGAGUUAUUGAAUGUUGGUAUGAUUAGAGAUGCUGUAGCGAAUUCACAGCUAGGGUUAUGGUGUGCCGUCAAAUUGGGAGUCCUAUUCAGAAUCAUGCAAUUUGCGAACGUAAAUGCUCUUCUGCGACACUGUGUGGUUCAAGCAGACCUGAACAAAGAUCUCACUGUAUGCAUGGAUAUUCUACGCCGUAUAUAUUCGCCGAAUAAUACAUCUCGCAAAGAAUCUCAUACCAAGGAGAAGUUGAGUGCAACAGAUGCUGAGACAGAGGCUGACGCAGAAGCAUUGGCAACUCCGUGGACCUCAACUCCUAUUAGAAGCAAAUCUCCUUCCAGAGCAAAUAAAACCGUUGCGCUUUCGCUUGCCGAGUCAUUUGAAGAACUAAGACUAGAUACGAUAUGCUCUUUGCAUGCGCUCUCGAAAAAGUGCCAAUGCAACGCUUGUGUGUUAUGUGGGGCAAGUUACAACGCCGCCUUCGAGUACUGGACUUCGUCGUUCUUGUUCGAAUCCAUGUCAGACGACUCUAUGCGCUGUAUUGAGAAGCAAUUUCACUCCUUGCGUGGUCAAGUAGCUGUAGAGCAAUGCGCAGUCCUGGGAAUGAAAGUAAAGCCGCGUCCUCCAUCGAUAAUGUGUGAAACGUUUGCGAUGUGCGCUGUGCGCUGGCUACGUUGCCUAGAAGAUAAAUUAUGGGAUCACGAUAAUCAUGCAUUGAAAACUUUGCGAGACCAAAUAGUGGCAUCCGCUACGAAGAUUUGCAGUUACUCAUCAGUGCGCACUUUGAACUACAGAUUAGCAAUUGCACACUUGGAAAGAAUGCAGAAAAUCUCACAGCCUACGAACCAUGAGUGGAUGGUUGAUGAUGAUCGCACAUCAGGAAUCAUGUCCGCUGUAGCUCACUAUCUGUUUCCUCCUAUUUGUAGGGACGCAAAUUCUAGCGCUAAAGAGGACCUGGAAGAGCAGCAGAAGUUGCUUGAGGAGGUGAUAGCUGAUGCAGAGACAGAAUAUGGUUCUUACAGCAACCUAUUAUGCAGAGACUGGCGUUUUCCGAUGUGUACAUUUCUGGGAGAACACACCGAUAAUCCUUGGAAAGCAGCAAUGAUGUGGUCCGAGUCUACGAUGCUAACAACUCGGCAGCAUUCGCGUCUUUUAUCAGGGAAAAUGUGCGGUUUCACAUUUUCGCAACCGGACUUGUUCAAGAAAAUGAUAGAGAAUUUGCCGGCAGACUUCACCCUGGUACAUUUGGCACUUUCUCAUGAUGGCUCCCUUCAUCUCAUAAAAAUGCAUAAGGAUCGUGAACCCAUUGUCAUGCCCUUAGCGCCCAAGUCGAAGGUGGAGAGUGUGAAGUCCAUGAUGGAUCGCAUCAUUGAGGAUAAUACUAGAACGAGCAGCCUGGGAAAAGUCACCAAGGACGCAAAAGCCUUUUGGAGUGCGAGAAGAGCAGUUGACAAUGACCUGAAGAAUUUGAUUCCUCGAGUGCAAGAAAUUCUGCUAGGUGCCGCUGCACCACUAGUUCUGCCGUCCCUAAGCUUGAAUCGCAAGGGCUUGAACUUAGCCAAAAAGCUGGUCAUUUCAUCUCAAUCUUCCGAUGGCAUGCAGCUGUCGUUGUCCAAUGCGAAGGAGUUGGUGUCUUUAGCCACCAAGUUGGAGAAGGCAGAGUGGACUCGCGUUAUGGAGAGAUUGUUCGACUUUGUAGGACUGUCUUCACAGAAGAAAGCAGCGCAGGAGAUUUACGCAAAGAUCAGGAUGGCUGUCACCAGUGGUGGUGUUACCGACGAUUCCGGUCCCUGCUAUACUUUCCUUACUAUAUGCCCGGAUUUAACAACUUUUCCAUGGGAAGUAAUUCCAGUUUUCCGGGACAGUCCUUAUGUGGCGCGCAUACCGUCUGUACACGCACUCUUGCAAACACUUAGAUUGCGAAAAGAGAUUCCGGUAGCAGUUAACACCACAAACGCCUUCUACAUUCUCGAUCCAGAAAAUAAUCUUGGUGAUACCCAGCGACGUAUAACUAAUUACGUCUCGAAAUUUGGAUGGAGUGGAGUCACAGGGAAGAUACCCGAGCCAGAUAUGGUCAAGGAGGCACUCCGUGCGCGUGAUGUUUUCUUUUACAUGGGUCAUGGCAGUGGAUCGAGAUACUUCAGUAGGCGACUGAUUAGUGAAAACACUAUCAAUGCUGUGGCCAUCUUAAUGGGGUGUGGAAGUGUCAAGCUAACACCUUUCGGAUGGGGUAUGGACGGCAAGAGCUCUGUGUACGACUACACUGUCGCAAAGUGCCCUUCCGUUGUGGGAUGUUUAUGGACUGUCACCGACGGAGAAAUUGAUCGCUACUUCAUGGCAUUGGUGGAUCUGUGUUUUUCUUCUGACGGAAAUCGAACUUUGACUGGAACAGAUGGCGAUGAUAGUCGCCUCCGCGUAAUCGUCGAAGCUAUGCAUCGAGCGAGAAGCAAGUGCAAAUUACCUUAUCUGACAGGAGCAUCUGUUGUUUCGUAUGGCAUUCCUGUGAUUGCAAUGGAGUAACCGCACGCACUGAACGGCAUACUUACAUUUCUAGUCGACGCACUUGUUUUUGCAAGUACGUCGCUGCUCGGGUUUCAUUUUGCUUGUACCAUUGAUCUAGCGGUUAUUUGUGCUCUGUGAGCAUUCAGCCGACUACUGUUGAGCAUCAUCUACCUCGUUUGAUUCGUUUUGCACGUCUUUCAGUUUGACAUUGUUUCAUGAUCUUCCUAUUGACACAUUAAGUCGUUUUAUCAUAAAGUUAUCAAGAUAUAAACCAUUUACCUCAAA